AUGACCAAGAACGUACAAAUUAUCAAACGUAUUGAAAUGAGUGACAUUUCAAAUGCUUCGGGAAAGAAAAAACCUACAAGGUUUGUUACUAAUGUUUCACCCAACAACACUUCCCCAACAACACCACUGUCUGACAUCACAAAUGUGAAUGCAUCAUCUUCAUCCAAUGCUCUAAAAACAUCAUCACAUUCAACAUUACAAACAAUAUCCCACAAAGAAAAUAAUUUUUUCAUACCACCUAAUUGUCGAGUUGCUCGAAACCUUUCCGAAUUACCUAAGGCUAGCCCGUCUCAUAACAUCAUACAACCGAAUGUUCAAUCCACAUUUAUUUCCUCAAGAUCGCCACUUUCACAGCUAACCAAUCAAGUUCAUUCACCCUCUUCAUCGAAUGCUUUGAAAACACCAUCAUCUCAGACAAUGCAAAGAAAUUCUCACAAAGAAAAUAGUUUCUUCAUACCCCCUAAUUGUCGAGUUGCUCAAAAGUUUACCGAAUUACCUCCAGACUUUUCCAACAACCAAGAUACAAUUCAGCACAACACAACUCAUUCAACAACAACGAAACGGAAACAAUUUAAUACACAAGAUAUUCCAUUUUUUGAGUUGAAUGAAGAUUUCGUUGAACCUUCAGAUUAUUUGGAUUCUGGAGAUGCUGUAUAUGUUUGCUCAGUAUGUAAAGCUAAGGUGUGGCAGGGAGAAGCAAUUCGAGGAAAUAAGGAUUUAAAGAAAACAUGUUAUUCCAUUUGUUGUUACAAUGGAAAAGUUGAACUACCCAGUCUGAUUCACCCACCUCAGUUGUUGCUUGAUUUAUAUAGCGGUCUUUCGGAAAAAAGUCAAAACUUUAUACAGAAUAUACGUCGAUACAAUAUGAUGUUCGCAUUCACAUCUAUGGCUGGAAAGAUUGAUCACACCGUUAACUCAGGAGGUGGUCCUUAUGUUUAUCGAAUGCAUGGCCAAAAUUAUCAUAUUGCAGGCAGCUUACUUCCCGAAGAGGGUGAAUCACCAAGAUUUUGCCAGUUGUACAUGUAUGAUACAGAUCAUGAGGUUCAAAACAGAUUCAAAUCAUGCGAGUCUAAUAAGAAGAAAAAGACCACAUCUAAUGAGUCCAUGGCAAAUCCGUUUUCUCUUGAGUUCUGGACUAUUCACGAGUUGAUGGGCUUAUUGGAUUUCAUUAAUCCACUGGCUAAACAAUUUAGAAUGGCACGUGAUCGCUUUGGUUCAAAUCCAACAGAGCGUAUUAGGUUGAAAUUGAUUGGGUCAAGAGAAAAUGAUGGUAGGCAGUAUAAUCUUCCUACCACAAAUGAGGUAGCUGCCCUCAUUAUAGGUGACAUUGAUGGGUAUGAUUCAAGGGAUAUCGUAUUGGAAACGCAAAGUCGACAACUUCAACGUAUUAAUGAGUUGCAUCCUCAAUAUCUUGCACUUCAAUAUCCUUUAUUAUUCCCUUAUGCCGAAGAUGGAUUUCGAGUCGAUAUACUACAUCGUGGUGUUGAAGAUCCAGAAUCUGAUGGACGAAUAAGGUUGACCAUGCGAGAGUUUUUUGCUUAUCGUAUACAACAGAGAACCGAUGAAAUAUCAUUGAUAUUACGUUCAAGAAAACUAUUCCAACAGUUUUGGUUGAUUCGUAUACAAUGGUUGAAAAUGAACGACUUAGUUAUAUUAGGUUUAACCAGCCAACAUUACGCGUGGCACCUUAUCGCAACUUGGCCCAGGCAGCUGAAGAUGGCAUUGAAGAUGCUUCUUUGA